ACUGGGGAGUCUUGUAAGCGAAAGCACAUACGAGGCUGUAGUGGUUUAGGCUAGUUUUAUUACUUGUAUGAAUCCGCGUUGUAAAGCAAGCCAUUUUUGGUGCAGUCAAAGUUUCUGUUUCACAGUAAAAAGUUGAAUGCUCUUUUUGUCAUUGCGCAGAAGCACAACUUACUACGUCACUCAUUUGGCAUGAAAAGGAAACUCGGGCGCCGUGGUGGAAGAAGGAGGAACUGAGACGCGGAUAACCUGCGAACAAUUAGAAUGCGGUCGACUUCCUAACGUGUGCACUUAUGGGCGCUUGUUAAAAAUCAUACAGCUAAAACGACCAGGUGAGCCUUUAUUCAGAACGGGAUGGUAAAGAGGCCGAAAUGGUUUGAACUUCGAAUACGAAGGCUCAAGCGGAAAAGAAAUCUGAAAAGUGACCGGAGACGCCCGUGUUUGAAGACGAACUGACGGAAAAUAAUUCGGGGGGCGUACUAAAAAGUGAAUUUCGAACUUUUAGCAUUCCACGUCCUCCAAAGAUCACCUUCGACAGACCAUUUGCUGUAAAAACCUGGUGAAUUUGCUUUCAGAGGGCCCAGAGUUCACAAUGUAUCGGGUAAACAAAUGUGAUAGAGUUUUUGGCUGGCUCAAGACUGGAGGGCGCGUUGAUUAAAUGAGGCUUUGAAGGAACAAAGUGCCGUGUGUUUAAGUCAUGGAUCUGAAGACGGCGGUAUUCAACGCCGCCCGGGACGGCAAGCUGCGGCUGCUGCAGAAGCUGCUCGAGAGCAAGCCACGCGAGGAAUUGUGCAAGUUAAUGACCGAAAAGACCAACGGCGCCACCCCGCUGCUCAUGGCCGCCCGUUACGGUCACUUAGAUCUGGUAGAGUAUCUACUGGAGUAUUGCCAAGCUCCUGUGGAAUUGGGAGGCUCGGUUAAUUUCGACGGGGAGACUAUUGAAGGCGCCCCACCGCUGUGGGCGGCAUCGGCGGCUGGGCACCUUAAGGUGGUGCAGUCACUGCUUGACCACGGAGCAUCGGUCAACAACACUACACUGACCAAUUCUACGCCUCUACGGGCCGCCUGCUUUGACGGUCACCUGGAUAUCGUUCGCUACCUGGUGGAGCACCAAGCCGACCUGGAGGUAGCUAAUCGGCAUGGCCACACCUGCCUCAUGAUUUCUUGUUACAAAGGCCACCGGGAAAUCGCGCAGUACCUAUUGGAGAAAGGAGCCGAUGUGAACAGAAAGAGCGUUAAAGGUAACACGGCUUUGCAUGAUUGCGCAGAAUCAGGGAGCCUGGAAAUCAUGAAAAUGCUUUUGAAGUACUGCGCUAAAAUGGAAAAAGAUGGCUAUGGUAUGACACCUCUGCUUUCUGCCAGUGUGACUGGUCACACAAACAUUGUGGACUUCCUUACACAACAUCCACAGACAAGUAAAAUGGAAAGAAUCAAUGCUUUGGAGCUGCUGGGGGCUACAUUUGUGGACAAAAAGAGGGAUCUUCUUGGUGCCUUAAAAUAUUGGAAAAGGGCCAUGGAAAUGAGGUACAGUGACAGUAGUAAUGUCCUUCUUAAACCUGAGCCAAAACAAUUGAUUAUGGCAUAUGAUUAUGCCAAAGAAGUAAACAGUAUUGAUGAGCUAGAUAAUCUGAUUGCUGAUCCAGAUGAGAUGAGGAUGCAAGCUUUGCUUAUUAGAGAGAGAAUCCUGGGUCCAUCCCACCCAGACACAUCCUACUAUAUCCGCUACAGGGGAGCAGUGUACGCAGAUUCUGGCAAUUUUGAGAGAUGCAUCAACCUUUGGAAGUAUGCUUUGGACAUGCAACAAUGCAACCUAGACCCCCUGAGCCCAAUGACGGCUAGCAGUUUGCUUUCCUUUGCAGAGCUUUUCUCCUUCAUGUUACAAGAUCGAGCCAAGGGACUCCUUGGAACAUCUGUUUCCUUUGAUGACCUCAUGGGCAUCUUGUGCAAGAGUGUACUGGAAAUCGAACGUGCUGUCAAACACACCCUGACUGUCUUGGAUCCAGCCCAGCUCAGCAAAGCUUUAUCAAUCAUCUUGCACUUAAUCUGUUUGCUGGAAAAGGUGGCAUGCACCAAUGAACAGGAUCAUUUUAAGAAAGAGACCAUUUAUAGGUUUCUCAAACUACGGCCAAGUGGGAAGAAUGGCUAUAGCCCUUUACACCUUGCAGUGGAUAGGAACACCACCUGUGUGGGACGAUACCCUGUCUGCAAAUUUCCUUCUUUUCAGGUCACUUCUAUCCUGCUAGAGUGUGGAGCUGAUGUUAACUGCAGAGAUGAUGACAACAAUAGUCCCUUGCAUGUUGCUGCAUUUAACAACCAACCUGACAUUAUGAAUCUGUUGAUAGCAUCUGGUGCACAUUUUGACAGCACAAAUUCCUUUAAGCAGACUGCUUGUGAUCUUUUGGAUGAGAAGGAAGUGGCCAAGAACCUGAUCCAGCCCAUCAACCACACCACUUUGCAGUGUCUGGCUGCAAGGGUCAUAGUUAAGCACAACCUUUUUUACAGAGGGCAAAUCCCUCAGAAACUGGAGGCCUUUGUAAUACUACACAGAUGACAGUGUUUUGAGCCAAGUGUUUGGAAAAGGAGACUGGACAAUGUGAGCCUUUGCUAAAAUAGCUCUAGUUUUGAGCAGAAUGUCUUUAGUAUGUUUUAAGUUGUUUCUCCUACUUGUGUCUGAACAUAGAUGAGAAUGCACGAAUAUCAAAGACAUGGCAAAUGUAAAUGUGCUUUUUAUUCUUUUUUUCCCCCUUUUUUAUUUUAAAUAUCAAGUCCCUGUAGCCCAUACCAGAUCGGUAAUAAUUUAAACACAUCUUAACAGUUCCCAGUUUGGGUUAUGUUUUGUUUCAAUAGGAAGCAAAUAGGCUUUUUGGAAUUUCUUUCUAAAGGCUUCUUUCUUAAUACUUUUGUUACAUGUGUUGCUAAAUUGACACUUUUCCUUAAACUUGUUUUUCUGUUAAAUCUUUGGAGUGCCCUAUUUCCUUUAAAUGUGGUUGCACAAAACAGUUUGACACUGUCUACUUGAAAGCAUCUUGUAUGUUGUAUGUUUGCAAAAACCGUAAGUGCAUUAUUUUUCCUAUGCACACUGGCUUUAAUAUGUGACUGUUCAGUGUUUGCGUUAAGGUUUUUUUUUUCCUUUUUUUAAUUUGUUUUUUCCUAUGCAGCACCCAUUAAGCCCCCUGCCCCUCCCCCAUUUUGAUUUUCAUUUUGCGCUUUUCUUUACUCCUUUGAAAAUCGAACACGAUUGUGACAUGCCCUCCUUCUUUCCAGUAUUUGCUUGUGGCUGGCUCUUUGGUUUGUUGCCAUUUAAGCUCUAAAAAUAGUAUUUUUUUGGGUGGGGGGAGGACACACUUUCCAUUUUUUGGGGGGAUGCCUGACUGGGUUUGGGCAUUGACAUUUAUUUCUUGCGCAUUAUUCUUGUGUUUCUUAUUUAUGCAACUAUUAAAAGCUCCUACUUAGGCUAUCAUUCACACCAGACAAAACAAAAGUGCUUUGUACAGUGAUAUAACUGCAACCUUCAUGCUGCUUUUCUCAUUUUUCUGGGGUUUCCUUGGGUAUGAUUACAAUACAAGGCAUAAGAAGCUACUCAACCUUAAGUUUAAUCUGAAAUGCUAAAGGAUUUUAUUCUCUAUUCCCAAUGAAAUGCUGCAAGUUACCAGAAUUUUUACAAGUAAACCGCAUCGGUCAGAAUGGUUUAUCUGGAAUUACUUCAGCAUGUAACCAGUAUUCUGUUAAGCAGAAUUACUGUUUUUGGCAUUUGCCAUGCAUUAUGUUUCAACGGCAAAGUUGGAUAGUGGUCUCAGUAUUUUUGUCACUGGGUAAUUUUAUGUUCAUUUCACUUUUUUUGUAGCUUCAUAACCAAAAUCCUUGAUGACCCAUAACUUUUUUUUUUUUUUUUUUUUUUUUUGUGGACUACUAUUAAAAUUACAGUGGUUUUCUAAAAUGUGAAACCUGUUUUGUGCAUCAGCUUUGUUCUUGUGGCAAAAAGGGCUUUUUAGAAAACAAACAAGGACUUGCUGAAAGAACUAUAAGCUGAAUAUUGUCCAAAUAACUGUCAUUUUGCACUUUAUUUUGGUGACAUCUAAUUUACAUCCAAUAGCAUAUUAGCUCUGCUAAUGUCUUAAUUGAACUGUCCACAAUAAAAUCAUUGCACUUGCUUCUUUA